ACGUACAAGUCCAUUGCGUUUCACGAGAACAUUUCAAUACCGUCUGCUUCAAUCCUAUCCUCUUCAUAAACUCGACUCAAGAUGCAAGCAGGACAGACACCGGUAUUUGUUAUGAACACUGCGCCCGAGAGGCAGUCAGGGCGUAAAGCACAGAUCUCAAAUAUCACUGCUGCAAAAACCGUAGCAGAUGUUAUUCGAACGUGUCUGGGCCCCAAAGCCAUGUUGAAGAUGAUCCUCGAUCCUAUGGGCGGUAUUCUACUGACGAACGAUGGAAAUGCUAUUCUGCGCGAGAUUGAUGUUGCUCAUCCUGCUGCGAAGAAUAUGAUCGAGCUCAGCCGAACACAAGACGAGGAAUGUGGUGAUGGAACGACUAGUGUUAUCAUCCUUGCCGGCGAGAUUCUCGCUCAAUCAUUAGCCCAACUCGAACGCGACAUCCACCCAGUCGUCAUUAUUUCUGCCUACAACAAAGCUCUCAAAGAAGCUCUAGAAAUUAUCAAUCGCAUAUCAAUCCCCAUCGACACUUCCAACGACGCCGAAAUGCUAUCUCUCAUAAAGACUUCCAUCGGAACAAAGUUUGUCUCACGUUGGUCAGAUCUUAUGUGCAAACUCGCUCUCCAAGCGGUCCGAACUGUCGCUCAAGAAGAGAACGGUAUCAAGAGUGUCGACAUCAAGCGAUAUGCACGUGUAGAGAAAGUCCCUGGAGGCGAGAUCGAGCAGAGUACCGUCAUGAACGGUAUUAUGAUCAACAAGGAUAUCACCCAUCCCAAGAUGAGGAGACGGAUCGUGAACCCUAGGAUCCUUUUGCUUGAUUGCCCGUUGGAGUAUAAGAAGGGAGAAUCUCAGACAAAUAUUGAGCUUUCGAAAGAGACGGACUUCUCGAAGUUCCAGGAACUUGAGGAGGAGCAGGUCAAGGCCAUGACUGACAAAAUUAUUGAGUUCAAGCCUGACCUAGUCAUUACCGAGAAGGGCGUUUCAGAUUACGCACAACAUUUCCUCUACAAGGCGAACAUCUCUGCCAUCCGUCGGGUUCGCAAGUCGGAUAACAACCGUAUCGCCCGUGCAGUGGGCGCAACAAUCGUCAACCGACUGGAAGACCUACGUGACUCCGACAUCGGUACAAAAUGUGGUCUUUUCAAUAUCGAGAAGAUCGGUGACGAAUACUUCACCUUCCUUACGGAAUGCAAGACCCCAAAAGCAUGCACCAUCCUCCUUCGAGGCCCCUCAAAAGAUAUCCUCAACGAGGUCGACCGAAACCUGGCAGACGCCAUGUCCGUUGCUCGGAAUGUCUUCUUCAACGCCAAGCUCGCACCAGGAGGUGGUGCUACGGAGAUGGCCAUCAGCGUUGGACUCCAUGCCAAGGCCAGGACUAUCACGGGUGUUGAGGGCUGGCCGUUCCGUGCUGUGGCUGACGCGUUCGAAGUCAUCCCGAGGACGUUGGUUCAGAACAGUGGUGGAAAUGCGAUUAGGGUGCUUACUGAGCUUCGCGCGAAACAUGCAAACGGCGAGUACUCCUGGGGUAUCAAUGGUGAGACCGGCAAGAUCGUCGACAUGAAGGAGUAUGGUCUCUACGAAUCUGCUAGUGUCAAGGCAUGCUAUUCUCGCUCUGUCUUUUCUUCACUUACUCACCGUGCAAUUCUGAUUACAGAUCCAAACCUACAAAACCGCUGUUGAAGCAGCCCGUGUGCUCUUGCGAGUCGAUGACGUCGUACAAGCCAAGCGCGCAGAAAGGGAGCAAGGAGGGGGAGGACCUCCCCCUCAGGAGAUGAUGGAGUAGACGCGACGCUUUGUACAUUCUGAGCAUGAGAAAGGUAUACGAAUGCAAAUCUAAUGCAAUUCAUACGAAGUAUUGAGGUUGUGUUUCAUCGAUCCUACAUCGAAGAGUCGAUUAUGUGAGAAGCGAGCCACCGUCUCGUCCUUUCACUCGGGUCGAAAGAGGGUAGGAAAAGCGGCCUAUCAUGCGGAUGGCUGCUAUGUGGCAACACGGAGACCACAGACUAUGAAAUGGGAUUCAAGGAGUUCUCAGCAUGGACAAGUGUCUACAAACUCUCCAACCUCGGUAGUUUAGAUAACGGCCAAGGACCGAAGAAAAAAAUGAUUGGGUUCCUCCGAGCGACAGGAACAUGAUGCAAGGAAAUUUUGGCCCAUACGUAACCAGAUUAGA